CAACUAGAUCUGAGAUCCCAAUGGCGUUUUCGUCAACAACUAACAACUUUUUAUAUUUCUGUACUCUCUCUCUCUCUCUUUAGCUUCCUUGCAAACUUCCACCGGCCUUCGCAACCUCCACCCAUUUUUCCAAAAAAUGGCGAAAAUACCCUUGCUCUUGAUGUUCCUCCUCUUCCUCCUUUCCCUUGUGUCUCUCACCACUGCCGAGAUCAGAAAGCUAACCAUCACCGCCGACUCCCGCCCCAUGAUUUUAUUUGAAAAAUUCGGAUUCACACACACCGGUCACGUCACUAUCUCCGUCAGCUCUGUCUCAGUUUCUUCCUCAACCUCCGCCUCUAACCCUAACCCUUCUCGUCUCGGCUUCUUCCUUCUCUCCGAAGAAUCCCUUCUUCAAGUCCUCGUUGAGAUCCAACAAAACCCUAACUUCUGCGUCCUCGAUUCUCAUUAUAUUCUCCGAUUAUUCAACUUCCGUGACCUCUCUCCACCGCCUCACUCUCGCUUCAACCAAUCCUAUCCGGUCACGGCUCCCAAUGAAUACUCUCUCUUCUUCGCAAAUUGCGCGCCGGAAACUCAGGUCACAAUGGACGUACGGACCGAAGUUUAUAACUUGGAUCGCGAUGGUUCGAGAGAUUAUCUCUCGGCCGGUUUGACUCAGCUGCCUUCUAUGUUUUUCUUCUACUCGUUAUUGUACGUAGCGUUUGUAGGAAUCUGGAUUUACAUUUGUGUCACGAACAAGAAAUCGGUUCAUAGAAUUCACUUGUUGAUGGCGGGGUUGCUUUUGACGAAGGCGUUGAAUUUGAUUUGCGCAGCGGAGGAUAAACAUUUCGUGAAAGUUACAGGGACGCCUCACGGUUGGGAUAUAUUGUUUUAUAUUUUCCAGUUUUUGAGGGUCGUUUUGCUUUUUACGGUGAUCGUUUUGAUCGGGACAGGGUGGUCGUUUUUGAAACCAUUUUUGCAAGAGAGGGAGAAGAAAGUUUUGAUGAUUGUGAUUCCGUUACAGGUUUUGGCCAACGUGGCUUCUAUUGUGAUUGGUGAAACGGGGCCGUUUAUUAAGGACUGGGUGACAUGGAACCAAGUGUUUUUGUUGGUAGAUAUUAUCUGCUGUUGCGCGAUUAUUUUCCCGAUUGUGUGGUCGAUAAGGUCUUUGAGGGAGACAUCAAAGACUGACGGGAAGGCGGCAAGAAACUUGGCGAAGUUAACUUUGUUUAGGCAAUUUUAUAUUGUGGUGAUUGGGUACUUGUAUUUUACGCGAAUUGUGGUGUUUGCCCUUAAGACCAUUGCUGCUUAUAAGUAUCAAUGGGUGAGCAAUGCAGCUGAGGAGACAGCGAGUUUGGUGUUUUAUAUGGUGAUUUUCUACAUGUUUAGGCCUGUUGAGAGAAAUGAGUACUUUGUUCUCGAUGAGGAGGAAGAAGAAGCUGCUGAGAUGGCUCUCAGGGAUGAGGAGUUUGAGCUUUGAAUUUGGUAAAUUGUUAUAAUACGAUCAUUUAGAUUUUCAUUUACAGGUAGAAUAUCUGUAUCAAGUCUGUUUCUUUUUUGGGUUUUAUUUUUUUCAGCUUUUAAAUUUAUGUCAUUAGAACAUUGAUUUCAUUAUAGUUUCUUUACCAUUAUUGGAAGUUUCUUGUGAAGAUGAUAGUGAAUUCUGAAUUAUAGAGUUACAUCAAA